UUUUUGGGGCUUUCUCUUUUUAAAAUUUAUUUUUGCUACCUUAAAUUUAUCAGUUAAUAAAGCACUUCUUAACCGGCAUUCUUCAGUUAUUGCCUGUAAUUUUCUUCGUCUUCUAAUGCUUGUUUGUUUCUCCUUUUCUGAUACUUUUGUUUUCAUUUUAUCAUUUUUUACUGAAUUUUUUAACAUUUCUAUUCCCCAUUUUGUUGCGCAAAUAUUUAUUUUUCUCUUAAAAAUUUAUUUAAAAUCAACUAAAAUUUUAUUUUUUAACCCUUUGUUCUUCUUCCAAUUUUUCUAGUUUUGUUUUUAACAAAUUUAAUGCUUUAUCCAUUUCUUUUUGCAUUUGUGCCAAUUCUGAAAGUGUUGUAGUUGUUUUUUGAUGUUUUUGAAUAUUGAAAUAUUUUUGAUAUUUUUCUUUUGUUGGAAAAUUGAUCAUUCCAUUAAAUUCAGUAAUAUUUGAACUUAUUAUUAUCUUAAAUUUUUUUUAAUUUUUAGUAAACAGCUAAUUUUUUCUCUAAAUAAUAACUGCAGCUCGAACCCUUGUGGACAUAGACCUUAUUUUUUAAGGGCCCGGUGGCCCAGGAAGUUUUGAUAAAAUCCGGGUUUCCGAGGUUUUAGCUGGAAAACCCCAGCCUGGGUCAUUGAAAACCAUAGCCCAAGCCUUUUCUGAAAAAUCCGGAUCCGUCUUGUAUCCAAUUUCGAAUAAGUUCAAGCUCUAAUAUCCACCUCAUUAUCCUGGCUUUUAAAUUUAUUUGCUUCUUCAAUUUCAAUAUUUUCUUCAUUUUGUUUAUACUCAUUCAAUUCAAUAUCAUCUAUUAAUUCUAUUAUACUUCCACCUCUAUUAUUAUUCUUCCAUUUUGUUGUUGCUGUAUAAGAUGCUCCAGCUACUGCUCUUUUUAAAAUUAUUAAUUUAUUCUUUUUUAAAUUGAGUUGAGGGGAAUUAUUUUUAUUUGAAGAAUAUUUUUGUUGAUGUAAUAAAUGACGUAAUUUACUUGGUUUGGUGCCCAUUUUAAAUAAUAAAUAGUUUGAAUGGUUUGUGGGGAUUUUGUGAGAUUUUUGAGGAUUUUUUGUGGAUUUUUCUACUAUUUUUUUGAAUUUUUGGAGAUUUUUUAAUUUU